GAACGGUCCGGUCGGAGAAAUCGCGCUGAUCGUCAGUUUUGCGCCACACGGCAAUGGCGUAUGUUGUUGGUGUAUUUGUGUCGUGGUUGAUAUCUCACCGACAAGUCAUAUUGUCAUUUCAUCAAAGUACACAACGCGAGUUUACAUAGAACAUUGUUUUAAAGACGAUUGUGUAUACGUGACUGUAUUUUCGAAAAGCAACAGUGCAAUCAUCUCGCAGGAUCCCGGAUGAUCUACAAGUGAUCCAAUAUGGCGUCGACCGAUCUGUCGUUCGGCUGCAUACCGGCGUUCUACAGAGAAGUCUACGAGAAGAUUUGCUCUUCUACGAGUGGAAAUGUGGAACGAGAGGUGUUUAAAUCCCUUCUUGUCAAGUCCCAGCUGAGCAGCUCCGUUCUCAGCCAGAUAUGGGAACUGGUGGACAGCAAGACGGGUUAUCUGACUAGGAGUGGAUUGUACAAGGGUCUUGCUCUAGUCGCAUUUGCCCAGCAAGGAAAGCACCCAAGUGAUAAACUUCUGGAGAAUUCUGAAUCUCAAGAAUUACCUGUUCCUGUUCUGGGUGAUCUCUCUGAAGUAACACUUUUAGCUCAAAGAUUGCACAAAGGUAGCAAUCCAGCUAAAUUGAAUCUCACUUAUUCGGAUAUAUGCAAUUUGGAUACAAUAGAGGUAAACUUAGUGCCUGAAAAGAAGGGAAUCUUUUUGAAACAUGUGGAAUACCAAGUGACCAGCAAGAGAUUCAAUUCCAUUGUUUAUAGACGUUACAACGAUUUCGUAUCGUUGCACGAGCUUCUCUUGGCAAGAUUUCCAUAUAGGUUGAUACCGAAGUUACCACCGAAAAAAAUAGUGGGAGCGGAUUCUCAAUUUCUGGAAGAAAGAAGACGAUCCUUAUUAAGAUUUCUCACCGUAAUUGCUCGCCACCCUGUAGUGAGCAAAGACCAUAUCGUACAAUUUUUCUUUACAUAUACUGGUGAAGAAACGCAACACAAAAUUCGUGAAGUGUUUAGGAGAGUACCUGAUGAAUUUGCAACAUCAGAAUUAUCGUCGAGGGCAAAGGAAUUGGUGCCACCAGAAACGUUAACCGAAUUCGCAAAUAGUCGCGAUCAGAUCAGAGUAAUACUCCUUGGAAUUUCACGACUCAAAAAUAUUGCUGAUUGUCUGGCAAUUAGAUCGCAUAGUUAUGCGGUAGACAUGGCGGAAUUGGGCACACAAUUAAGCAAUUUGGCCUCGGAACCUCAUGGUACCACUACUUGGGCUACUGGCGGUUCUACUAUUUGGCAAGAAAUGAAAAAAGGUUUCCACAUAAUUUCAAAAGAAUUCAACUUACUCUCAACGAGAGCUCUUCAACAAGCAGUUAGAGAGGAAACAAUGGUAUGUGAAAGGUUGAAUCUUCUCUUAGACGUUCUAGUAGCGCAUAGAAUCUUGUGCGAAAGGCACGAGCGUGGAGUAAGCGCUGAUCAUCAACGUGCAUUAUCUACAAUGUUGUCCUUAAAGAAAAGACAAAUGCAAGGUGUGAUACGAGGAACUGAUAGUGAUACAGUCGAAUAUCUGGAAAAUAAAAUGGUUGCUCAAGAAUCAGUGAUUGCAAACGUCGAAUUGCGAAAUUGUUUUUCGUUGCAUUGUUUACAUAUGGAAACGCAGCUCGUUCAUGCUCAUUUAGAAAUACUUGCCACAGUUUUACAAAGUCUUGUCAACGUUCAAAUUCGUGGUCAUUCUGAGCUCGCUGAAGUAUGGAAGUUAAUAGAACCUACAAUCAUGAAGUGUUUACCAGAAAAAUCAACUAAUGGAUCGAAUGGUAUUUCAUAGCGGAAAGAAAGCUUCAUUUUAUUAUAAGGUAAGAUUUGUUGUAAUAAGAAAAAGACCGCAAAAUAACAAUAAUAUACAAUUGUAAAACACCCACAUUGAAUUUACAUAUUUAAACGAAUAUAUUCAAUGAAUCGUUUAGAAAAAAAAGAACAGGGGUGCAAUACAUAAUUAUAAAAAAUAUUUUGUACAUUCUAUUAUAUUUUAAACACAUAGAAUUCGAAGACUUUUUGAUACAUUCCUUGUUGUGUACUUAAUAUAUUUUAUGAGCUGAUCGAUACUCGUUAAACGAGGAUAUAAUAUUGUAUAUAAAAUAAGCGAUGCUUUUUUUUGUAAAGAAUGGAUAAUAAUGGAUAAAACAUCUGUAUAAAAAUAUUAAGCAUUGUAAAUAAUUUGUUUUUGCCGAAACAUUGUGUGUUUUUUUUUUUACAUGAUUUAGAAGUCUGACAAGUGUUAACACAUAUCCCGUAUGACACGUUGAUCGUGCAUAUACGGUAUAUUUUACAUUUUACAUACAUUUAUAUACAUCAUUAUGUACUGCUAAAAAAUAUAUUGUUAUUGUAUAAUC